AGGCUGAUACCGUUGGUUCCCUUUUGGCAAUGUUUCCACUUGUCAGAGGUGCUUUAAACAUGAAGCACAGAAACAAAUCGACCUUAGUGUGUUCCCACCACUAUCAUGUCAACUAGCCAUUCAGACUCUGCGUCGCUCCCAGUCUCUAAGGAGCAUGUGCUGCAUGUCGAUCGCGUUGAAGACAUCGAUCCUGACGCAGAAUUCGGUGGCCUAGAGGCACGCAAAAAACUGGAGCGCAAACUUUUAUGGAAACUUGACCUUCGCAUGUCAAUCCUAGUUGUUAUCUACAUCUUAAAUUAUGUCGAUAGAAAUAAUGCUGGCGCUGCGCGUUUACGAGGGCUUACCGCCGACCUUCAUCUCAACGAUCAGCAAUUUGCGACGUUGUUGUCCAUUCUCUAUGUCGGAUAUAUUAUCAUGCAGAUCCCCUCUAACAUGUUUCUUAACUUCACCGGCAAGCCGUCGCUUUAUUUGCCUGCUUGUGUGGCUGUCUGGGGUAUGAUAUCGGCACUGACUGGAAUUACAACCAACUUUACGGGAGCAGUCAUAACGCGUUUCUUUCUUGGCUUCGUAGAAGCGGCGUUUUUCCCUGGUGCUCUAUUCUUAAUUUCGAAGUGGUACAAGAGAACCGAGAUAGGUCUCAGAACAGCCAUCCUCUACUGCGGAAAUAUUAUUAGCAAUGCCUUUGGGGCACUCAUUGCGUCGGGCAUUCUUGGUGGCAUGAACAAUGUCCUCGGACACGCCGCAUGGAGGUGGCUUUUUUACGUCGAAGGAGCUCUGACUGUCUUCGCUGCAUUGUGUGCUGUCUUCAUUUUGCCAGAUUUUCCGUCGACGACGAAGUGGCUUUCUGAUGAUGAGCGUCGACUUGCCAUGAAGCGUAUGGAGGAGGAUGCUGGUGUCGGUGACCAGCAAGAAACUGAGCAGGGCGGCCACGCUCACGGUCUUUACCUCGCUGUUACUGACUGGAAGGUGUGGUGGUUUGCAAUGGCAGUAAACGCUCAAGUGGUAUCAUUAUCCUUCAAUGCGUACUUUCCCACUCUCAGCGCAACGCUUGGGUACAACCCAACAGUGACGCUGCUCCUUGUUGCCCCCCCUUUCAUAUUUGCGGUGAUUAUCACAUUUUGUUUGUGCAGGCACUCUGAUUACAAGCAAGAACGCUUCUACCACAUUAUUGGUUCAUGGAUCACUGGUAUUAUUGGGUUCAUUAUUGCAAUAUGCACCAUGAACACUGCGGCGCGAUAUGUGUCUCUGUUCCUCAUGGCGCAGUCAUAUGCAGGACUUGUCGUGAUGCUCGCAUGGAUGAACAAUUCAUUUCCUCGACCGCCGUCAAAGCGUGCGGUAUGUGUGGCGAUCAUCAACGGAUUUUCGCAACUCGGCAACGUUGCAGGGUCGUACAUCUGGCCUUUGGCUUGGGGCCCUACCUACCGAUACUCCUAUGGCAUCUGCAUCGCUGGUAGCGGCACUGCGAUUAUAAUGUGCUGGUUUUUCAAACAGCAUCUGAAGUCGUUGAACGAGCAGCUGGAGCGCGAAGAGCAAGAGAAAGGGAUCAAGGAAAAAGGAUUCCGAUACCUUCUGUAAUUGAUCGCGCGGUGAACUGUAAAGCGAUGAACGACGGACCCGUAUUUUAUAUGCAAUUACUAUGACACGCGCUGAGCCUUGAGCUUGAGGAACCGAUGCAUCGAUUUAGAAAACGUUGCUACCUGCCGGCGGGAAAGGUGCAUCGGCUAUCGCCAGCAGUGUGCCUAAGUAAAAAAUGGGAAUGAUUAUGAUUGGAUGUGACAUCGGUGGACGAACGUUGCCGGUGAGAUACUUAGUGAAAAACCGUUGGGGUAAAAUAGAGUUGGGUCUGCUUGGACUGACGAUAAAUUGAAUGGAACCAUCG